AUGUCUCGUCUUAUGCAUUUAGCUAUUCAACUUUUAUUUUUAUUUAUAUCUCAUAUUCAUUCAUGUCAAUGGUCAUCUACACAAUGUGGUUGUGCAAAAACCGCACCCUCACUACAUACUCGUAUAGUUGGCGGUAAACCAGCUGUACCACAUAGUUGGCCAUGGAUCGUUAGCAUUCGAAAAUAUGGUAGUCAUAUAUGCGGCGGGGUUUUGAUUAACAAUCGAAAUCUACUAUCAGCUGCACAUUGCUUUAAAGGAUAUCAUCCAGGUCAAAAUAAAGAUUUCACAUUUGCAAUGGGCCACAAUGCUAUACAAGAAAAGUAUCUUGUCAUAAAGCCAAAACGUGUUGUACGUCAUAAAUCAUAUAAUUCCAAUGGGAUGAAUAUUCAUGAUAUAGUACUUAUUGAACUGGAACAAGCAGUCAGUUUUAAUGAUAGUAGAAUAGGUUUUAUAUGUUUACCUGUGAACCAUGUUAAUGAAGGCGAAUCUUAUCCACCAAUUGGAAAGCAAACAUGGGUAGUAGGAUGGGGUACUACACAAUUUCAAGGUAAAGUUUCUCCAAUACUUCUGCAAGUAUCAGUGCCAAUCACAAAGAAUCAAGGCUGCAAACAAGUACUUACUGCACCAGCGAAACAAAUAUGUGCAGGCUAUGAUCAGGGUGGCAAAGAUUCAUGUCAAGGCGAUUCUGGAGGGCCACUUGUAGUGGAAACUGGAAACGGAAUGUUUGAAUUAAUUGGGCUUGUUUCAUUUGGUGUAGGAUGUGCCAAAGCUAUGAAACCGGGUGUUUACACUCGCGUAGCUGGUUAUAUUGAUUGGAUCAAUGAUGUCUUAAAAUCGACAAGUUCAAAUUCAAAUUCAAACUUAAAUUCAAAUCCAAAUCCGACAUAUCCAAGGCCGUCAUCUUCAAAACCGACGAAUCCAAAACCGACAAAUCCAAAUUCCAAACCAUUAGCUCUAUCAAGUACAAUAUCUAAUUAUCAAAAAUUAUCUUAUUUAAUCAUUUCAAUCGAAAUUUUAUUGUUAAUUUAA